UGAGAGGAGGAAGACUCAGCGGUGAAUAUCGCCUAUGGUCCUCUAUCUAUGCAUCCAAUGGCGGCGUUAUCCUUCCCACCUAUGAGACUCUACUGCGGUGGCGGCGCCGCCACACACAAUACCAGCAGUAACAACAACAAUUUACUCGGCAACCACGCGCUCGAUGCCGCCCACAUCCGGCGCGCUGCCGAGCUGGCCGACAGAUCCGCCGGAUUCACCUCUCCCCACCCAAACUUCGGGUGCGUCAUCGCCUCCAAAACCGGAAAAGUCGCCGGCGAGGGCUUCCUCUACGCCCAGGGCACCAAACCCGCCGAGGUCCUUGCCGUCGAUGCAGCUGGCGACUUCUCACGCCGCGCCACCGCUUAUCUCAAUAUGGAGCCCGGUGAUUGCCACGGUGACCACUCCGCCGUCUCCGCCCUCGUUCAGGCAGGGAUUGAAAGGGUGGUGAUUGGGUUGAGGCAUCCAUUGCAGCAUUUAAGAGGGAAUGCCAUUCGGGCUCUGAGAAGUCAAGGCUUGCAAGUUGAUGUUCUUGGUGAGGACCUCAACAGUAAACUCAUUGAGGAAGCGCGUAAAUCAUGCCUGCUUGUCAAUGCUCCGUUAAUCUGUAGAGCUGCUUCUCGAAUCCCCUUCUCUGUUCUCAAGUAUGCCAUGACUCUUGAUGGAAAAAUCGCUGCUAGCAGUGGACAUGCAGCAUGGAUCAGCAGCAGAACAUCUAGAAAUCGAGUUUUUGAACUGCGGGGUAGAAGUGAUGCAGUCGUUGUAGGAGGAAAUACAGUGCGCAGGGACAAUCCUAGACUAACUGCAAGACAUGGUGGUGGGCAUAUGCCUAUGCGGAUUGUAAUGUCACAGACUCUUGAUCUCCCUGAGGAAGCACACCUUUGGGAUACCUCUGAUGUAUCUACUAUAGUUGCAACACAAAGGGGUGCAAGAAGGCAUUUCCAGAAAGUUCUUGCAUCGAAAGGAAUUGAAGUGGUGGAGUUUGAUAUCUUAAACCCCAGAGAAGUAAUGGAAUACUUCCAUAAUCGUGGAUAUCUUUCACUUUUGUGGGAGUGUGGAGGGACAUUAGCUGCAGCAGCUAUUUCAUCUGGAGUAAUACAUAAGGUGUUCGCAUUUGUUGCUCCUAAAAUUAUUGGUGGAAAGAAUGCGCCAUCCCCUGUGGGUGAACUCGGGAUGGUUGAAAUGACACAAGCCUUCGAUCUAAUUGAUGUCUGCUAUGAGCAGGUUGGACCUGAUAUGCUUGUUAGUGGAUUUCUUCAACCCAUACCAGAUGUGACCCCUGUUAUUCCAUCAGUUGAUGAAACAUUUGAAAUUGAUCCAACUGUGACUCCUUAUGAAUCAAGGAUCAUAUCCUUCUAUAAAACAUGGGACCCCUACGGCGCUUUCUCAAAUUUUUCACCUCACCGAAUUAAGAUGCCUGAUGACAAUGGUGAUUAUGCAACUUGGUUGAGUGUCGAGCAUUACUAUCAGGCUCAGAAGUUUGUUGGGGUGGAUGAUCCUGUGGCACAAGAUUGUGUUGAAAAUAUUAAGUCUGCCAAAAGUCCGGAAGAGGCAGCACGGAUAGGAAGGUCAAUGCAGAGGAAGCACCCUGAUUUGGUAAGGUUGGACUGGGAAAGUGUCAAGAUUGAAGUGAUGUAUAGAGCACUGAAAUGCAAGUUCUCAAUUUAUCCACAUUUGAAUGCUAUGUUGCUGUCAACUGCUGGAUCUGUUCUUGUUGAAGCUUCACCGCAUGAUCUUUUCUGGGGAGGAGGUCGGGAUGGAGAAGGCCUAAAUUAUCUGGGCAGGCUUUUGAUGCAGUUGAGAUCAGAGUUUCUUGGCGAGUCCCCUACGUCCAGUUAGAGCUCGCGAGUGGGUGUAUAAUUUAUAACUAAUGUGAUACCAACGAAUGAUUUAUUUGUAUUGAUUCUCUCCUGUAGCAUUAGUGUUCCUUUACAAUAAAAUUACAAUUUACAGAUGAAA